AUGACAUCUCCUUUGAACUACAAUUGGCAACAAGUCAAGCCAGGAGUAUGGCAACGUCCCAUCGACGAAAUCGAACAAUUUUAUUCAACACUGGCCGUUCUCUACGAAGGGAGCGGCCGCAUGUUCUUUGGAAUAACCGGCCACAUCUCACUAUCCAUCAAAAGCCCCAAAGAUGUCUCCUCUGCAGAUGCUGGACGGCAUGUUGACGAAGCUUUACGUAAAGCCUGGCUCGCGCUGAGAUAUGAUCACCCUACACUAGCAUCCCAAGCAACCCAGAACUCUGAGACGGGACAAUGGGUCAAGACAUACAACCAUAUCGAAGGCGAAGACGACAAAAAUAGUUGGCUUGACAAGACUCUUGUUCACAUCUUCAAUGGCCAGUCUGGAAACGAGUGGGCAAACUCUGACCCCCCAGCCCCCAAACUCCCUACUUUGUUUAUUCUUCAUCUCCCUACUGAAGAAUCGGAUGGCUCGCGCAUUGUUCGUCGAGACCUCGUCUUGCGCUCUCCACAUGACAUCCUCGACGGCAUCGGAACUCUCAUGCUCCUCAACAACUAUAUCGCUCUCGCGGCAGAAGCUUACGAAAAGGGAGACACGUACAAUCCCCCGCUUCUAGACGGAAGUGAAGCUUCAAACCUAAGUCCAUCCUAUCGAAUCGCAGCCAAUAUCCCAGACAAACUCCCACAGGCACAGCUUGACAGACUAGAUGCAAUGGCCGCUCAAAAAGCCGCAGUAGCUUCUGAUCCAAGUAUUCAAGUCCUCGCACUUCCCUUCCGCAAAGGAUCACUUGUACCUGGUCGUCAUCAACGCGUGGCACUUACAUUCACCGAAAACGAAACACAACAGCUGUUGGCUGUUUGUAAGAAAGUCAAAGCCACCCCAACACAUGCCUUUCAUGCAGCUGCAGCCAUCGUCGUACGCGAUCUCCAAGAUAAACCCGUGGAGUCAAAGAAAGUACGGUACAUCAACUACAUUCUACGAAAUGAACGGCCAAAUUGCUCUGAGCCGUAUAGCUCUAUGGAGCAUCCAGCUGCUGUUUACCAUUCAGUGUCUGGUCAAAGUCUUGUAGUAGACAUGGAUCUUCACCCAGAAAACCACCAGCCUAACGUACAAGAAUUUCACAAAGUCCUGGAAACUAUCAAAGACUUUUAUCUCACCGUCAAACAAGACAAAGACUUUUACAUCCUCGCCCCAACAAUGUUCGCCCAGGGCACUCCAGAUCUCCCCCCGUCUCCGCGUCCACUGCCCAUUCCGCCUCCUAAAGCUCAUCCAUCAGUAUCCAUCUCGAGCAUGGGCUGCGUCGAGGCUAUUAUAGCACCUGAAACAAAAGCAUUUAGUGCUCGAGAUCCGUGGGUAACUGGGGAAGAGCUUGGGAAUGGACUGGGGUUGUUUCUGGGUACGUUUCGAGGCGAGUUGUGUUUGAGUGCUGCGUAUAAUGAUGCGUGGCAUGCGGAGGGGGAUGUGAGGACGUAUUUGGAGCGUUGUAAGGAAGUAGUUUUCCUCGGACUUGGGAUGGAGUAG